AUGUGCGGACCCCAAACCCCGCGCCCGUCACAAUCACUAGGCGGAGCCCUAGCAGUCCUCGCCUCUCCGCCAUCCUCAUCUUCUCCCGCACAACUCCCAUUCUCCGGCCAUCUGAUAUUCCACACCAUACCCGGCAGAUCGAGCUGUGGAUCGCGAGCAACCCACGCGACAUUCACAUCCUCGUCGGACGAUGCAUCGCUGGAGGGGUGCAUGAUCGGCAUACACGCCGCCGGCGACCUGAGGAUGGUCGGGUGUCCCGAGGAGGAAACGAUGCUGCACCGCUUCGACUUCAGGAGGGCGCGGCCAUCGCUGAGCAGGAGUUGCUCGGCCGAGGUCCUGCUGGACGAGCCGCUCGAGAUUGGGGUUGGUGGACGGGGAAUCAUUGGGCGGAAGGUGUCCGUGUGGAGAGAUCGAGGUGGUGGGGAGGGCGUGAGGGUUGCGGAGGGUAUUGUUGGGUUCAACUAG